AUGUCUGAAGCUGGAUGUUCUUCAACAAGCCCGGAUUGUCAAGCAAACGAAGCCGCCGCCUACACAAUUGAAGAUCGUGGUUCGCUGCUUGAUGAGAAGCAGAUUUCCGGAUUUAUCAGCAGUAUGGAAGCAGUUGAUGAGAGAAGCCCGUGCCCACGUCAGCGUGUAUCCUAUCCCUACGAUGAAGACGCUCUUGAGGCAGAGAACGAGAAACUCAAGGAUGAAUUGAAGAAUCUGAAGCAAAAUCAUCAAAGGCUCUCACGAAAAGAGCAAGUCAUGCUAGAACAGCUACGAAUCAGCGAAGAUGAGAGAGGUAGCUUAGAGGAGAAAGUGGUAGAACUUCGUCGUGAUUAUAAUGCAAAGAUAAAACUAUUAGAUGAGUCACAAAAACAACUACAUGCCGCAAAUCUCGAAUUAGACGCCAUGGCCUCCAAGCUGCACCUUUUCCAGCAGGAAGCACACGCACAUACGUCCAAGAUGGAGAGGAAUAGGAAGACAAAGGAGAUUGACGAUGAAAAGCGCCUCAGGAAGCUUUCACGCAGUUUACAGGAACUUGAGCAUCAAAAUCACGAGCUUCAAAAUCGUGUCCAAUCCCAAGAAUUAAUGAUCCUAGAAUUGAACAACACCACGGACACAGUUUCCUCAUCGAUAGAGCCGCGAAUAGAAGACGAAGUUCCAGUUCAUGGGGGACAUGUGCUCUUUGAGGAACUUGCCUGUCAAGAAGCCAAGUAUACUUCUGAAAACGACCGAAAAAACAACACAUACCCACACAUGGCUCCUGAGGAAAGGAAGGCGUUGGUUAUCGUUGCGGGGAAAGGUCGUAAAAUUGAUAAUAAAGGCCCAGAUUCUACAGCGGUGGCAAAGUUUUGGGGACUACGAUUGAGAAACUUAGGGAAUACCUCAGAGAAGACACUAUUUUGGGCUUGUGUGGCGAGGAUGCAAGAGUGA